UGUCAGCUUCCUCCAUGUUCUCUCUACGUAGAGCACCUUUCCGACGAUGCCUACACACCCAGGCAACCCACUCUUUGCACCAAGCUAAGCCCUACAGGCUGGGCUUCACUUUGGCUGCGUCCAUAACGGUAGCUUCGUACACGACAUGGCGAUGGACACGGGAUCAGCGUAUCGCGUUGGAUAGCGUGACGGUUUCCGAAAGUACGUGCCCUUUGGACUUCACGUCUUUUACUCACUCUUGGACCUUGCCCCCAGAUAUCAAAACACCGGUUCUCGACGGCUCCUCAUCGGAAACUGACCAUAUUUCCGCUUCUCCUUUACAAAACCCAGAGGGCUCCACGGAAUCCUCGUCAAAAAGUGAAGCGGAGACAGAGGCUUCAGAUAGUGCUUCACAAGGUGCUUACAACCCGGAGACUGGUGAGAUCAACUGGGACUGUCCCUGUCUUGGUGGAAUGGCCUAUGGUCCGUGCGGGCCCGAAUUUCGUGAAGCCUUCUCCUGCUUCAUAUACUCGGAGGAGGAACCUAAAGGUAUCAAUUGUGUUGAGAAAUUUCAGGCGAUGCAGACCUGUUUCAGAGCCCAUCCUGAAGUUUAUGCAGAUGAAAUCAUGGACGACGAUGAAGAUGGUAAAGCAAAUCAGGGAGCAACUGAAGGAGUUACUGUUGAUGCUUCUUCCCCCGAGGCAGCGUCAAGCUCUGGUACAUCUCAGGUUGAAAAGUCUGACUCAUCUGUAUCAGCACGAAGCACCUCCACAUAGACUGUCUUUGUCUUACUGUAUCGGUAGUUAUCUUAUACUCCUAGCUCAGCCCCAACUGAUAGAAUAUUGAAUGAAUCCAAACACAUAUUCGACUAAAAUACA